GAAUACGGAGAAACAAGAAAUGUUCUCACAACUGUUGGACACUAAAUCCGCUCUUUCCCAAUCCGCUGAGGCAUGGCGAUCCACAGAUGGCAAGCAACGAAGUCGUUUCAUAGCCGCUCUUCUACAGGCAUCGGAUGAGUUGAGCUGCUUAUCAGACCACUUGACCAAAUUGGCCACCGGGCACAAACCAGAUUUGGCCAGUCUAUUGUUCGAACCCCAGCCGACUUCUCGAUGGCUUGACGCGGUAACUGAGUGUGAUGCGUCCGCUUUGCCCACCGAUCGUACAGGUGCGUUCUUAAUUAUUCAGUUCAGUUCCUACAUUCAUUAA